AUGGCAUCCACCGAGGAGCCCAUGCCUAUUCCCUCGGAUGUUGAGGUUGACAAUGUCCCCCCAGCGACCCCCGUGGACUCUGCGAUGCUGUCCGGAGCGGAGGAGACAUACAAGUCUAGCCCGGAGGCUUCCAAGGAGAAUACUCCCCUGUCUCCUGCCAAAUCUACUAUUAGUACGGCAACAACAUCAAAGCGUCCCGCCACAGGUACUACAGGCCUCAAGCGGCCUACUUCAUCCUCGGCUGCGGCGAAGCCCGGAACUACUUCUACUCGCACCAGUACGAGCAGCACGCUGAGCAAGCCUCCGACUCGUCCUACAACCACUACUGCUACUCGAAAGCCUUUGAGUACCUCAACUACUUCGUCUCACCGAUCUCGUAUGUCUGUCAGCAGCUCAGCAGAUGAGAAGCCCCGAUCAGUCGCAAGCUCGGGAGACGAGAAGCGCGGCAUUUCGAGCACAGCGAAGCGAAUGUCGAUGGCCGGCACUACUUCUACACGUACUCCCUUGAAGUCUGCAUCCACCGCGGACCGUAGAUCAAGUGUUGCUGGCUCCGCUCUGGAGAGAAAGACGGCCACAUCUUCUACCGCUACACCUCGCACGGCUACUUCCACCAGCCGACCAGUUGGCAAGCUGACCUCUUCCACCACCCCCACCACCCGACCUACUUCGGGAACCACAGCUACUCGUCCUGUCACAAGUCGUCCAAGCUCCUCGGCGACCGUUACCCCUCGUACCGCCAUUUCAUCUGCGACAGACCCAAAGAAGCGGUUGAGCACCGUAUCUGGGGCGACUUCCAGAACUGCUGCUGAUUCCGAAAAGUUGCAGACUUUGCAGACGAAGCUCUCGGAGAGCGAAGAGACCGUUAUCAACCUCAAGGCUGAGCUUGAGACUGUCAAUGAGAAGCUGACCCAGCUUUCCAUUGCUGGGCAAGAACCCAAGGAUGAGGAUGCCACCGAGGCUCUUCAGGUUGAGCACACUGCCGAACUUGAAAAAUUGACCUCGGCUCACGCAGAGGCGGUUCAGGCUCUGCAGGUUCGCCUCGAGGAGGCCGAAACACAGCGCAAGCAGUUGGAGGAACAGUCCCAGAAGGAACUGGAGGAGGCUAAGCAGUUGGCUACUUCUAAGGGGGAUGACCAGGCUGCUGCCGCCAUUGAUGAGCUCAAGGAGACACAUAAGGCACAGCUGGAGGUUCUUGAGAAGGAGCUUGCCGAAUACAAGGCUUCUGCCACGGCCGUUGAGGGUCAAAUUGAGGCUCUGAAGAAGGAGCUUGAAUCACAGAAGACCGCGUUAAGUGAGGACAAAGCUCUAGCUCUCGACACUCUCGAACGAGAACUCAAGGGUCGUGAUCAGGUUCUCGAAAACUUGAAGGCUGAACUCAACAAGCUGGGUGCUUCUAAGGAUGAAGAGAUCCGCGCUGAGAAAGAGGCCGCUGAGAAGUCUACUUCUGCUCUUAAGGAGCAAAUUGCUUCUCUGGAGGCUAAGAUUGCCGACUCUGAGUCUGUCACGCAGCAAACUUCUGAAGAGACCACGGGCUCCCUUGCCCAGAAGGACCAAGAGAUUGCCGAGCUGAAGCAGACCCUCGAGAAGCUCCAAGAAGAUCUUAAAACUGCCCAGAUUUCAUCCUCUACCGACCUUGAGACCAAGCUCAAGGAGCUGGAGACUACCCACGAAGCCGCAGUGGCUACCUUGAAGGCUGAGCAUGAGCAGGCUUUAAGCUCUCUCUCAGCUUCACAUGCCGAUGAACUCUCUGUUGCUAAGGCUGCAGUGGAAUCUUCUGGUAGUGAACACUCACAGCAGCUGCAAGAGCUCCGUGAUGCACUGGAAUCUGCCAAGGCUGCUGCCCAGGGAGAGAAUGAGAGUGCUAUUUCAGAACUCAAGACUGCCCACGAGCUUGAGCUGAAGACUCUUCAGGUGAAGAUUGAGGAAUAUGAGAAGGCCCUUAGCCAAUCUCGUCAAGCUUUGGAAGAAGGACAUAUUUCAGCGCAGGAAUCUGCCCUCCAAGAGAUUGAGGCUCUUCGCCAGAAGGUUGGUGCUUUGGAGACUCAAGCCUCUAAUGGUGCUGGCAAGAUCGAUGCUCUUCACCAGGAAGUCCAAAGCAAGCAAACUGAAGCAGAUGAGCUCUACCGCAGCUUGAAGAAUGUCGAGAGCGAGUUCAAAUCCAGGGAGGGUGAGAAGGACAGCAAGCUCAAGGCCCUGGAAGACAAGGCCACCGAAGCGACUCGUCUCCUUGAAGAGCAUACCUCGACGAGCGCCACUGCGAGGGAGCAGCACACUAAGGAACUAGAGGGUCUCAAAGCUGAGCAUGCCGCCAAAUUAGAGCAGAUUACGAAGGAAGCAUCCGGUUUUCACACAGAUGCUUUUAACGAACUUCAGCAGAAGCACGACGAGCUCUUGUUCAAGAAUCAAGAGUUGGAAUCAAGCCACGCAUCCCGCGCAUCCCAUGUUGAAUCGCUUGAAGCAGACGUCAUUCCGGGGGGGGUUGACAAGUUGAUCAAGUCUCAUGAGUCUAAGACUGCUGAGCUUCAGAGCCAGUUGCAGGAGUCUCAAACUAAGUUCGAGGCCUUGCAGUCCCUGUCCAACGACGCCAACGACGCUCAUACAAAGGAAAUCUCUGCACUUCAGACGGGCUUUGAGGAUAUCAAAACUCAAUUGCUGGCCGAUAUUGAAGCUGCCAAAAACUCCCGUGCUUCCGAUGCCGAUGCUGAGCACAGCAAGGCCAUUGAGGAACUACUCACUGUCCAGGAGGCUAAACUGACCAACUUGAGGGAUGAGCUUGAGACAAGCAACAAGACUAAGCUUGACGAAUUACAGAAGGCUCACGAGGCUUCUCUGGCCAGUGCCAACGAACAGCUCUCACAGGCCAAGGCUGCUGCACAAGAUACAUCUGUUCUGGAUGGUCUGAAUGCCACCAUGGCCGAGCUUGAGCAGAAGCUGGCUGCUUCAGAGAAGUCGCAUGUUACUUUCCAGGAAUCUGCUGCUGCUGUCACUCGGGAUAUUCAAGAGAAGCAUACCGCUGAGAUCACCAAGAUUCAGGCUCAGCACUCGGAACUUGUCUCCAAGCACGAUGCGGCGCUUGCUCAGGUUGGAGAGCUUCAGAAGUCUCUUGCUACUUCCAACGGCAAGAGCUCAGAGUUGGACUCUAUCAUGAAGCAGCUUUCUCAGUCUGAGGAGGAAGUUUCAUUCUUGAAAUCAAAGCACACUACCGUCAGCCAAGAACUGGAGGAGACUCGAGCUUUGAAGUUGACCAUUGAGGCGAAGCUUGCUGCUGGCGAACAGAAUCUGAAUGCCCAGAUCGACAAGAACAUGGCUCUUCUCGAAAACCUCGGCGAUUUCGAGUCCAAAAUGUCCACUGGCCGUCGACGCAUCCGCGAGCUCGAGACAGAGCUGGCUAGCUUGAAGGAGACCAAUGAAAAGAAGGGGACCGCGGGCUUGGGAGCAAGCCGAUGGGCCUCCGCAGAUGAGAGCGACGAGAAAGCUGAAGAUGGAGGUCCAGCCGCAGAAGGUGAGGACCUUGGUUCAUCCAUCGAGGGAACGAUGGCGAGCAUUCAGGAACAGCUUAAGCAUAUUCGAUUCGCAAACGAUGAGUGGUAUGAUGAGCAUCGCAGACUGAUGGGAGAAUUGGCUCAGCUUUCCCGUCGAGCUACCCCCAACCCUCCCAGCCACUCAUCAACUCCAGGUCCUGAAAUUGCGGCCUCUGCUCCCGAAUCGGUGAGCGGCCGUUCUGAGACUUCUAAGCGAUAA